CUUUUCUUCUACUCCAUCCCUUCCCCUCUCUUUAUUCAUCAGCAGUAACAGCAACAGCAGCGACACCAACAACAACACCAACACCAACACCCAACCUCAGGAGCCUCUUUGUUACCGCCACUUAACACCUGUAGUCUCGUCCUCGUCCAUCAUCCCCCCACCAUAUUAACAACCAUGCCCGCUGCUCCCUUGACUCUCAGUGAACGUCUGCAGGCCCUCGUCAAGGGCCCUCAAUUUGUGUGGUGGUUAGGCCAUGUCAUGAUGCUGGUCUGCACGUCAAUGUAUCUGCCCUACUGGGUCACGUUCAACUCCAAGGCCGGAGCGCAUUGGUACUCGCGCGCCUUCUUUGGUGCCUUGGUCAGCUACAGCGUUGUCGUGUACAAGUCUUUCCCUGCCAUCCAAUUCACGGCACAAUUCGCGCAGACGCUCUUCAGCGAGGAAAAUGUCCAGUACCUGCUGAUGGCUAUCUUUUGGUGGAGAUCCACUCCUAUGCUCGCGCCUAUGAUCCCCUACGCCAUUUUUGCGUUCUUUAACUCUCUCAACUACACAAGGACAAACAUCCUCCCCGCCUUCUUCCCUGCUCCUGUCGCUGGCACGAAUCACCCCACCCAUGCUCAGGUUGCAGCGAUCUCUCGCAAGAUCCAGGUCUGGACCGAAAAGAACCAUGCCACCGCCAUGGCCUUUGUUGCCUAUGUUGAGGUCAUCGGUGUCAUGGGUUCCUUGAUCUUUGGUGCCAUCACGUUCCAGUCGUCGUUCUUGUCGCCUAUUGUGUACGCCAACUUUUUGCGCUUCCGCUACUUCUUCUCUCUUCACACGCGUGCGGCGUUCGCGCUGAUCCGUGCCCGUCUCGAUAACCUGAUUCUGCCCCCGGGUGGUAACUCGAAGAUUCCACCUUUUGCUGCGCAGGCGUACACGACGAUCCGUGGGGCGAUCACACGAUUCGGUCAGGCUGCGGUUCAGCAGCCCGCUGCUGGCGCACAUGCUCGCGCGCAGUAAAAAGACUUCGAAAACAAGCGGAGUCUGUUUUUUCGUUUUUUUUUUUUUAUAGUGAUUGGAAGUGUAUGUUGUCGCGUGUUGAUUAGAAAGAUGAACUGACGACAAAGACAAGGACAGUGGUGAUGUUUGAAAUAAAUGACGAUCGCGUUCCUUAUUUUUUUUU